GUGUGUUUGAUCCGAUUAAAUCUAGUCGCAAUUCCUUCUGGUUACAGAUAAUCGAAUAUCUUGCUAAUUAUCGUCGCUUUUCCCGAAAUAAUAUUUUGUACAGUAUUUUUAUAAAUAAAGUAUGAAAUAAGCAAUGUUUAGCGGUGUUAAACUUGUAUGUGGUGUAAAAUCUCUUUAGAUUCCUGUAUUGAUAAGACAUAAUCAUGAGUGUGGUAAAAUAUUGAUUCGUACGCAAAUGCGGUACGUUAGAGGAAAAUACGUAGUUAUGAACGGACACGCUUACGUUACAACAAUAGUGCAACGUCAGAAAUGCCCAAUGUGUUCCAAACAUAUUUUGUUGCAUCUUUCUUGCUAGAAUAUUCAUUCAGCGUAAUUCUUCAAGGGCAGCUAUUAACUGACGAAAAUUGGUCAUUUCUCGCAAGAUUUUGUUUAUUCCCUGAGGAAGGGAGACUGCACUAUGACUUUGUAGUCGGUGGACAAAACAGCAGAGUCAAUUUAUUGCUUUAUUUUGACUCCGAAGAUCAAUGGCCCAGCGUUUAUCCAUCGAAUCAUUCUUGUUCGGAAAAGUUAAAAAUUCUGAGCAUCGAUAACGGUCAGAUAAUAUCAUUGUUACCAGAAAAUGACUUCACAUUUGCAUCCGGAUGCACAUGGAGUAAUGAAAAUCGAACAGAAAUACAUUGUAGAGGUUCUAGAAAAUUUUUAUCUUCUCGUCCGAGAUGGUGGUUUAUCGUCUUAGCUGACUGCUUAUCCAAUAAUGGAUUGAACUUAACAUAUUGGGUAUCUCUGACUAAUGGAUCUCCUGGUAGUUUUUGGCGAGAGCAUUUUUCGGCAGAUGAAUUUUAUAUUCUGCCUAUUCUACUAAUAACUACCUGUGCAUAUGCAGUGUUACUUGCAUUAAGUUUUUAUGUAGCUUUACAGUUACGUUCGCGAAGGUUGUUACACGUUUCUUAUAAAAUAUUCAUGGCAUCGAUAGUUUGUGAAUUUUUUGGAGUCUUAUUAGAGAUAACAAAUUUUCUAAGUCGAGCCAGGCGAGGUAUCGAGGUUCGGCGUGCCAGUGUGCUUGGUAACAUAUUAGAAUCAUGUUCCGAGACACUGUUUACGGUUUUGAUGUUAAUACUUGCACUUGGAUAUACCGUAACAAAAAGUUUGCUAACGCCAGUUCAAACGUGGCGACUUAUUGGCUUCGUUUGUAUCAGCAUAAUGUUUCAAUUAACAUUAUUUAUCUACCAAUCGGAAGUAUUUGAUCCAGGGUUGGUGCUAUAUAUUUAUGAAUCACCACCAGGAUAUAUAUUAAUAUCCUUGAAACUCAUGGCAUGGGUUAUAUUUAUAUCUUGUUGUUACAAAACUAGCAGAAAGACAACUACUAAAACCAGAUUCUACAUGGGUUUAAUUUCACUAGGAUCUAUCUGGUUUUUAGGUCAUCCAUUAAUGGUAUUAAGUGUUACUUUAUUAGUGGAUAAAUGGGUGAGAGAAAGUGUAGCAAAAGGAUCGUCUCUGUGGAUUGUAUUCCUGGGCCAUGCAAUUUUUUUAUACCUCACUCGACCAGCAACUAACAAUACACGCUUUCCAUUUCAUAUUAGAACAUGCCAGGUUGUACCUAUUGGCGGUGACGGGCAAAGUCAUAGCUACCAACCACGUGCACGAUCUACCGCUACUUUAUUUACUGUACUGCAACCACAGUCUACGAUUCCUAUUUCAUCCAGCUAAAAAUUUAACGCAUAUAUGCUAGUCAUC